AAAGAGGAAUUGAAUGACCAGUAAUUGCAGUUCACAUUUUAUUGGUUUUCUUCUAGACUAUUAUUAUAUGAAAGGUAGGCCAUGAGAAAUUUGAGGAACACAACACAAUCCAAAGGAACCUAACAACAGAAAAUAAAAGACUUUUUUUCUUUUUUCUUUCAAUUUUCAUUUCAUUUUUCUCUUCUUUAUACCCCUUAUUGCUCCCAUUCUAUGGCACCAUAGAUGGGUUUGACAAGAAGGGGUUUAAUAUUUUAAUUCAUUUUACACCAAAUUUUACAUCUUUUAAUCUGUUCUAAAAUUCUUGUUUUUGGUUUUGGUUGGUUAGUGAAUUUCUUGAGAGGAAACUUUAAAAAAAUGCUAAGAUGGUGGAUCUCUGCUUUGCAAAUAACAGAGCUUUUUGUUAGUACUUUAGUGCAUAUAAUAUAUGGUUUUUACAUAUUUAGCUCAGCUGUGGCUGGUGAUAUUUCUCAGGCUUUAAAUGAAUAUAUUUUAAAGCCUAGUAUGAACAUUGUGGUUAAACAAGAGGAGACGUUAAAUAAUGCUAAUGAUUUGCCUCCUAUUGUUUUAGUCCAUGGAAUUUUUGGAUUUGGCAAAGGGAGAUUGGGAGGUUUAUCAUAUUUUGGAGGAGCUGAGAAAAAAGAUGAGAGAGUUUUGGUGCCUGAUUUAGGGUCUUUAACAAGCAUUUAUGACAGGGCUAGGGAGCUUUUUUAUUAUUUGAAAGGUGGACAAGUUGAUUAUGGUGAAGAGCAUAGUAUGGCUUGUGGUCAUUCUCAAUUUGGAAGGACUUAUGAGCAAGGGCAUUAUCCUGAAUGGGAUGAGGAUCACCCGGUUCACUUUGUUGGUCAUUCUGCUGGAGCUCAGGUUGUUCGAGUGCUGCAGCAAAUGCUCGCCGAUAAGGCAUUUAAGGGGUACGAGGACACUUCUGAGAAUUGGGUGUUGAGUCUUACGUCCUUAUCCGGAGCCUUCAACGGGACUACAAGAACCUAUUUAGAUGGGAUGCAGCCAGAAGAUGGAAGGUCAUUGAAACCAUUAUGCCUGCUUCAAGUAUUGCGCUUAGGAGUGAUAAUAUACGACUGGCUUGACAUCCCUGUGUUGAAGUCUUAUUACAAUUUUGGAUUUGAUCACUUCAAUAUGUCAUGGAAGAAAAUGGGAUUUUUGGGUCUUUUUGAUUGCCUUUUGGGAAAUUCCGGUCCAUUUGCAUCAGCAGAUUGGAUUCUUCCUGAUCUUACACUUCAAGGGUCAAUGCGACUCAAUUCCCAUCUCCAAACGUUUCCAGAUACAUACUAUUUCAGCUAUGCUACUAAGCGCACUAGCAAAAUAUUAGGCAUUACAGUUCCGUCAAGCAUUCUUGGAAUCCAUCCGAUGCUUUUCAUUAGAGUAUUACAAAUGAGCCAAUGGAGUUUUCCUCCAGAUGUCUCUCCUCCUUACAAAGGAUACAGGGAUGAAGAUUGGCUUGAUAAUGAUGGAGCAGUCAAUACAAUAUCCUCCACCCACCCGCGUAUCCCAGUCGAACAUCCAAACAGUUUUGUUACAAGUGAUUCUGAGUGUCAACCUUUGCAACCGGGAAUCUGGUACUACAAGAUUGUAGAAGCCGAUCACAUAUUUUUCAUCGUGAAUCGGGAAAGAGCCGGAGUUGCGUUUGAUCUAAUGUAUGACAGUAUUUUUGAACGUUGCAGAAAACAUGUAUUUAGGAAGACACCUCAAAUUCUGCCAAAUGAAUCUCACUAGCAAUAGUUCACACUUCAGACCUCUUCUCUCAAUAUAUAUAAACUUUAGAUGAUGAAAAGAGAAAAAGAUAAGAAAAGAGAAUUAUCACAUUGCAUUGGCAGUUGGCUUACAAUUCUUUGCAUAACAUCAGAUUGUAGUGGUAAUAUUCAAUCUAUUUGUAAAUGUAAAUUUCAUCAAAUUAGCUGUUUUUCUACUA